CUAAAUAUAUACAUAAUUUCGUGGAAAAAGUAGUCCCAAUAUUCUACUUUCAAAAGAUGAAUGCAAACUUCAGGAAACAGUUACUGAAAAAUGGACUUAAGUAGUCUGCGGUCUUUGUAAAAGUGUUUAAUCAUGACGAAACAAAGGUUUACAAUCUAUCUAUGGCAACGGCAUUUGAAGGACGCUAAAGCUAUAGCAGUAUGCUUUUGUCUUUAAACCAUGGCGACCGCUGACAACACGAGGCACCUCCGAUACCUUCUCCUCUUUGGAGAGGGAGGGAUAUUGAUAUUGCGGGCAGUACUUGAAAGAGGGAUUACAAAUUCGGGCAAAACACUUGAUGAGCUACUGCAAACAAAUAAAAGACAUUUUAAUAGAGUUGAUAAAAAACAAUCUGAGAAAUUGUUCCCUCCAAAUGGAAUUGUGGACAGAGAUACCUGGGAUAUAUCAUUACUAUGCACAGUUAUCUUACAGCUUUUUGGAAAUAGUCUGACAUCAGACGAACGUGGUGGCAUAAGAACACUGAGAGAUUUACGAAACCAUUUAGCACAUUCUGCAUCAUUUUCAAGGGAUGAGGAGGCAUAUAAUGAUGAGAGGCGAGAUGUGGAAUCUAUACUUAUUACUCUUAGUAAUGGACUUGAUCGUUCUGUCCACGAUGCAUGUCAGGAUCUCAUACAGAGGUGUGUUACCGGUCCUCUAGACAUGCAAGCAGAUACAGAAAGAGUAAAAGAAUUAAGUAGAUAUGAUGAGAAAUUUUCAGAACAAUUUAGAAUUCUUACAGAAAGAGUUGAAGGCAUUGCAGAAAGGGUUGAAAACGUUGAAGAAAAGGUUGAAUUCAUUGCAGAAAGAGUGAAAGAACAAGAAGAUCUAACAUUUUUCCUACGAAAUAUGGUACGUGAAAAUGCAGAUUUCCAUGUAUUUCAAGUGCUCAGAACAGUUUUGACUUUGAGGGGACCAAAUGCUCGUCUUACCAGCCUUGGAAAUAAAGCAAUCUUAACAGUUUUUACGACAGCUUUGAAACGAACCGGGGAUGGAGAAAAUCUUUCAGAACUAGAGACAGAAGUUAUGAAUAUUUUAGACGAAAUUGAAAGGUGCAAUGGCGUAAAGGUUGGAGAAGCAGAGAGCAAGUGUGUCAAGAUAUCAAUGCAAUGCCGAACUUGCAGCGGUCUGUUGGAACUGCUUGAAUACUUGCAAGGAGAUGCAUUUAGAAAACGACUUCUUAAUUUGAUACUGGCAGUGGAAGAAAUGUUUAAAGGUGUUUUCAAUGUAACCUUUGAAAUCGAACGUGAGAGUUUGAAGGAGAUUCUUCAUUCACUCCAGAACAGUACGUUGUCCAGGCGAGAGGUAAUAGGGGCUGAUGACAAUCUUGAUGGACAAAGUGGAGCGACAGUGCAAGAGACUGCCAGGUUGAAACCAGAUCAGUGGAUUCGGAUAUAUAGCCGCAGCACUUUUUAUGCUGUGAUUUUAGUACUUAUACUAGCAUAUUGUACAAAAUCUAUUGCUUUAGUACCAACUGACGUUGAAACUGAAUUCAAAAAAGAAAACGAGGCACUGUUAGAUGAGAUAAUAGAGGCAUGCGAAUGCAUUGAUGACGAAGAUGCUAAUCACGUGAUUUUACUGAUCGGGAGUAUCGGUGUUGGUAAAAGCUCUUUUAUCAACACUCUGCACAAAGUUUUGACGGGAAAGUACUUCAUUAUAGCAAAGCAAGGAAGGGGAGUAACACAGUCAGUCACCGGAGAAUUAUUAAGAUACAACAACUGUGGUUCUUCAAAGGAGACAAUAAAAAGGAUACCCGACGUUCACAGGCGACAGAAGUUAACACAAAUAUACAAAAAACUCCCACAAAUCAUUGACUUUGCUGGACUUGGAAACGUGAACACACCUGAAUUGUCAGAGAUACUUGAACUGUUGAUUGGGGAUCAGUGCGAGAUUUUUGUUCUAAUCACUAAAUACGACCUAGUAAACGAGUCGAGAGACCCGAGUCUUGAUGGAAGAGUUAUCAGUGUCGAUGAGUUUAAGAAAUCCGAGACUGCUAUUGCAGAGGCGUUUUGCAACGUUGGCGCAGUUGGGUGCAGCACACUUCGGUGGGUCAACUUCACGGAUAAUAUUGGAUUUUCUGAAUCCAAGAUUCGCAAUAAAGCACUGAAUUGUUUGAAGAAAAUUAUAGAACCAGGUGUACCAAAGAUGCCGGAGCCAACAUUUUCAGAGAGACUUGAGGAAUACUUGUACCAAACUUUUCACAAGUUACGAAGGGCAUGCAUCAAGCAUUUAAGGGAAAGACACAUUAGCUGUUUGUCAAUAAUUGGCGGCUUGGUUCUCGCACUGGUUUUUAUCUAUGGGAUGUUAUGUCUGCUACGAGCGAGUGUAUAG